GUUUUUGGAUCUGUUAGUUCUGUUUAAUGUUUAUUGGAGAACAUACAUUUCUCAACACUGUCCAACUAUAAAUGAAAGCCCUGUGCAAAAGAAUUGGUUCUGCAAAAAGCACUCUCUCAAUAUUAUUUCCAGGGGAACACAAUGUUUAAUUUCUAUGUGGAUUUUCUUAUUGCUGGGCUCCUCUGUUUUGCCCACAGUCACCAUGUCCCUACUCACCAUCACCAUGACCACCACCCUCCAUCAGAAGAUCACAGUAAUUCAUCCUACCUGAAGAUAGCUCCUCGCAAUGCCUACUUUGCCUUCAAAGUUUUCCACCAACUUGUUUCAGAGAAUGCUGGCAAAAAUGUAUUUUUUUCACCACUGAGCAUAUCUGCUGCUUUUGCCAUGGUGUCCAUGGGGGCCAAGUCCAACACACUGAGUCAGCUCUUGACAGCGCUUGGUUUUAACCAAACGGAGUUUAAUGAGCAGGAAAUACAUGAGGGGUUUCAUCAACUUCUCCACUUGUUAAAUCUCCCACAGUCUGAAACUGAACUGAGUACUGGGAAUGCCCUUUUCACACACGAAGAAAACAAAAUCCUCACAAAGUUCUUAGAUGAUGCCAGACAUUAUUAUCAUGCGGAUGUUUUUCCUACCAACUUUACGAAUCUUAAAGAGGCUGAGUUGCAGAUCAACAGCUACAUAGAAAAUAAAACCCAAAUGAGAGAUGUUAUUCAGGGUCUUGACAAAGAAACUGUGAUGGUCCUUGUAAACUAUAUCUUCUUCAAAGCCUACUGGCUUCGCCCUUUCUAUGCUGAGUAUACACGUGAAGAUGACUUCUUUGUGGAUGAGCAAACAACAGUGAAGGUUCCUAUGAUGAUUACAAGCGACAUGUUUAAGUUUUACCACGACAAAGAUCUGUCCUGCCAGGUGGUUCAGGUUCCUUACAAGGGCAAAGCUUCAGCACUGUUCAUUCUGCCUGACCCAGGGAAACUGAAAUUGGUUGAAGAUGCUUUGGGGAAAGAUGUUUUGUUUAAAUGGCUGAGUUCACUUCAAUAUUGGCAUAUAGACCUCUACCUUCCAAGGUUUUCUGUAUCCAGUAGCCAUGAUGUUAAAGAAGUGUUACAAAGUCUGGGUGCUACUAAAGUGUUCACAAACUGUUCUGAUUUAUCUGGAAUUUCUGAGAACCCUAAGAUGAAGGUGUCUAAGGCUAUCCACAAAGCCUAUCUGAAUGUCUAUGAAAAUGGUACUGAAGCUGCAGCUGGCACAUUCCUUAGUUUUAGUCCACAAUCUGAGCCUCAUGUGAUCAAAUUCCAAAAUCCCUUCCUGGUGAUCCUCUCUCUGGAGAAUAACAUAUUAUUCAUGGGAUCCAUUAAAAAUCCCACUGACAAGUAAUCCUACAGUUAAUGUUCUUCACACAUCACUGACAAUGUAGUGCUACCCAAAUAUACAGGUCACAUAUGUCAUUUACUUUGUACUGAUGGGAUAAUGUAUGUCUAUGGAAGAAUUUAACAUUUAUUUCUCAUAAUUCUCAUGAAAGCAUGGACUGCACCUUCAUUUGGCUUCCAAAAUCUGCCAAUUCGUCAUAAAUGUGGUUGAAAGACUUUGAUAAAUGGCUGUUUUUCAAAAUAAACAUCGAAGAAAGCAAAUUGAACAGAGAA